AUGAAAGUGUUUCUUACAGCUGCGUUGAUCAUCGCUGCUGCGGCUGCAGCUUCUGCCAAGUCAAUGGGCAAUCCAGACAGCCUAUCCGGUCCGUCAAAGACGGGUGUUGUUCCGUUGUUUGAGUCGAUGGGCAGCAACAAGGAUGCAUCGUUGAGCUCCAUCACUGGGUUACCCGACCUGGGUAAAGAGGGGUCCGCAACUGAGAAAGAAGAGGAGGAAGAGGAAGAAGAGGUGGAAGGCGGUUCUGGAUUACCAAGUGGAGGCGGGGGUGGUGGUGAUCUAAGUGGGCUCGGGGGUGGUGAUCCAAGUGUACCCGAGGGUGGUGAACCAGCUGGAAGCGGACUAGGUGGACUUGGCGGACUUGGACUUGGCGGCGAAACAAGUGAGAUGGAGGGCAGCAAGCCAAGUGAACUCGAGGGAGGUGAUCCAAGUGAACUCGAGGGUGGUGAUCCAGCUGGAAGCGGACUAGGUGGACUUGGCGGACUUGGACUUGGCGGCGAAACAAGUGAGAUGGAGGGCAGCAAGCCAAGUGAACUCGAGGGAGGUGAUCCAAGUGAACUCGAGGGUGGUGAUCCAGCUGGAAGCGGACUAGGUGGACUUGGCGGACUUGGACUUGGCGGCGAAACAAGUGAGAUGGAGGGCAGCAAGCCAAGUGAACUCGAGGGAGGUGAUCCAAGUGAACUCGAGGGUGGUGAUCCAGCUGGAAGCGGACUAGGUGGACUUGGCGGAAAAGGACUUGGCGGCGGACUAAGUGAGAUGGAGGGCAGCAAGCCAAGUGAACUCGAGGGUGGAGAUCCAAGUGAACUCGAGGGUGGUGAUCCAAGUGAACUCGAGGGUGGUGAAUCAGCUGGAAGCGGACUAGGUGGACUUGGCGGACUUGGACUUGGCGGCGGACCAAGUGAGAUGGAGGGCAGCAAGCCAAGUGAACUCGAGGGAGGUGAUCCAAGUGAACUCGAGGGUGGUGAUCCAGCUGGAAGCGGACUAGGUGGACUUGGCGGGAAAGGACUUGGCGGCGGACUAAGUGAGAUGGAGGGCAGCAAGCCGAGUGAAUAUGAGGGUGGUGGACCGGACGAAGGACUUGGUCUGGAGCCCACCCCGACGCCAGACUUGGGCGGCUUGGGAGGAGGCUUGGGAGGAGGUUUGAAAGACGACUUGGGAGGCAUGACUUCGGGGCCACCAACGUCAGAGGAGGAAGGCGGCGAGGACUUUAAGCCUCCGACUCAUUCCGCGUGCCGCCGUCGUCUCCGUGCUUAG